CCGUAUUAAAUUUGUUAGGCAAAGGCUCUGUCUCUUCCUUUACCUUCCUCCAACUUAAAACUUGACUCAUUCACAAUUUCACACACCUUCUCCUAACUUUGAAAUGAAACCACAACAUUAAGAGAGAGAAACACUGAGAGAAUUCCAAACCCAGAAAAACCCACAUUCACGUUAAUACACUCAUACAGUGAUGAAUCUGAUGAUUGCAGAUACCAAAAUAAUUACCCUUUUUCAAAUUUAGUCAAAAAAAAUUCAAGCUUUGAAUAUUAUUCAUUAAUGGCGGCUGGUUGGGUGAAGUCAUUGCAAUGCAAAUCAAGAGCAGUUGAAGAUGUAUUCCAACCUCAAUCUAAACAAGUCCUUCUUACCAGCACUAGCUGCAGAAAUAGUAUUCAAAAUCUUAAAGACGUGGUAGACAACUCCAAACCCAUUUCCAAACCCAAGCCUAAACAUAAACCCAAAAAGCCCGACCCUUUUUCUCACCGUGUUAGACGCUCUGAUUCCGUUAAACCCACACCCGAAUCACCAUUACCGACCCGGGUUAAACGCACCGUUUCGGCUCCGAUCACAAAAGGUGCCAUUCUCGGUGACCCGUUCUUCCCGUCGGUGACGGAGUUGCAAGUGGGCCAUCCCUCGAGGAAUGUGGUUGAGAUAAUAUUUCACACGAGGUGGGGUCCGAAAGGGUUUAUGGGUCGGGUGGAGAUGAUUUUUAAGAUCCAGAAUUUGGGCCGGACUUUGGCGCGAUUUGAGGAGUACCGCGACUUGAUAAAAUGUCGGGCUGUGGCUGGACCAGGGUGUGGGUCAGGAAGGUGCCGUGCGGAUGGGAAUGAGAUGAUGCGAUUUCACUGCUUGGGCCCCACUAAUUCUGGAGGAGCAAUGAUGGACAGCUGUGAUGGUUUAUAUGACAAGGCGGCAGCCACCUCAGUAUGUACGUAUUCCGGUAGUGGAGCAGCUCAUGAAAGUGCUGGUGGUGGUCGUGGGAGGCGGGCAAUGGUGGUUUGUAGGGUGAUAGCGGGCCGCGUUUCGAAACGAGUUGGGCGUGGGUUUGAGUCAGUGACAGAAUCAGGCGAGUUGGUUGAUUUUGACUCAGUGAGUGGGGAAGAGAAUGGCGAGUUGUUGGUGUUUGAUUCUCGUGCGGUUUUGCCUUGCUUCCUUGUCAUCUACAAAUUGUAAAGCUCUAAAACCAAUUAUCAACACAAUUUUUACUCUUUUUAAUAAGUCCUUUUUUUGUGGGAUUUUUUACAUGGAGGGAUUAAAUUGGUUUUUGGGGCUAGUUUUGUGUAAAAAUUGUGUUGAUAAUUGAUGAAUGUGCAUAUUAUGGUAUGGGAUUUUAUUGUUUACGUUAGCAAGUAAUUGAUGAUUUGGAAACUUGUUAGUGGUAAUGUUGUUUGGUAUUAUUAGCUUUACUUGGUGGAAUAUUCAAUUUUGAUGGGCUUUUAUUUUAGAAUUGAAUAUACAUUUUGUUGGAAGCUGAA